UACGAUGACGACGAAGAAGACGAAGACGAGGAAGAGGAGGGUGGCCCAAGUCGUCGGUAUGAUGACGACGAGGACGAAGAGGAGGAAGAAGAGGAUGAAGAUGUAUGUCUCGCCCAUUUACCGAAAGCAAGGAAGAAGCGCAGAAAAGUAAACCGUUUCAUUGAUGAGGAGGCCAUGGUUGAUGACGAUGAAGAGGAGGAAGAAGAUGAAGAAGAGGGUUUCGUUGAAGGACAAGAUGAGGACUUCGACGAGUUGGCGAGAGAGACGUUGGACUCCCGAGCACACAGAGAAUUGGAUCGACGAAGGGAUGAGGACAGUAUGGAUGCUGAAGCCCUUGCUGCGACAAUGAAGGCUCGAUAUGGUCGAUCAGAAUUCAGCAGAGGCGCAUACCGCGGAGAUGUGGAGCACAUCCCGCAGAGCAUGCUGAUGCCCUCCGUCGCCGAUCCCAAGCUCUGGUUAUGUCAAGUUAGGGAAGGAAGAGAGAAAGACGUCGUCUUUACUAUCCUCCGCAAAGCCAUAGAUCGUGAGAGCACCGCCGGCGCGCUAGACAUCUAUUCCGUCUUCGCCCGCGACUCGCUGAAGGGAUACAUCUACAUCGAAGCGCGCCAACAAGCCGCAGUUCAGGCCGCAUUGGAUGGCGUCAACAAUGUCUUCAUCAGCAAGCUGCGGCUCGUCCCCGUCGACGAGAUGGUGGACUGCCUCACUAUCAAAGCGAAGGACCAGAAUCUGGACAACGUGCACUGGUUCCGUGUCAAGAGAGGAAAGUACGCGGGAGAUUUGGGACAGGUCAUCCAGAUCACGGAGAAUGGAGAGACCAUGCUGUGUCGGUUGGUUCCGCGGUUGGAAAUCGGCCGUGAGGGUGUUCGGGGCCCCGGGGCGCAGAAGCGCAAGAAGAAUGAGCCCCGAGCACCGCAGAAGCUUUUCAACCCAAUGGAUCACAAGGGCGAAGUCAGGAAAGACCGCGACUACUACAUCUAUAACAACGAGUACUUUGACCGCGAAGGAUACCUCGAGAAAAACCUGAAGGUCUCCUCCGUCGAAACCGUCAACGUGAACCCAUCCCUCGAAGAAAUUGGCAUGUUCUCCGGCGGAACGGCAGACAAGGCUGAUCUAACGCACGUCGCUAAUCUCGCUGCUACACGCGUGGCUACUGACUACCAUAUUGGUGAACCGGUGAAGAUUACCGCUGGCGCUAUGAUGGGGAUCACGGGUGUUGUUGCGUCUAUACAGCAUGACAUUCUGGGGAUCAAGCCCGACUCGGCUUACGGGUCCACUCUUCCGUCGAUCGUGCGCGUCGCCGCAUCCGAAGUCCAAAAGACAUUCAACGUCGGCGAUUCGGUCAAAGUGGUGAAAGGCAAGCACGAAGGAGCCGGCGGUCUGAUUGUGGUUAUCGAUGACAAUAUCAUCACCAUUUUGGACGAAGGAACGAAGGAGACUAUUGAGGUGCUGUCCGACUACGUGAGAACUACGACAGACGUUGGCGUCAUUCAGCCCCGAACGAGUCCAUAUGAUGUUGGGGACCUGGUUUUCUUGCAGAACGACGUAGCAGUAGUAACCAAAGCCGAGCGCGACCAAAUCUUCGUCCUAACUCAAUUCGGUCAAACCCUUCGCGUGCAAGCCCAGCAAAUUCGCAGCAAACGCGACUCACGCUCCGCCAUCGCCAACGACGCAAAUCGCAACCCGAUCUCCGCGGGCACGACCGUCGACGUCCUGGACUCGGAUGGACGUGGGGACGCGAAGUAUACGGGAACCGUGCAGCAUAUUUAUCGCGCGUUUGUGUUUGUCAAAGUGGUGGAUUUGGUUGAGAAUGGAGGGUUUGUGGUUGCGAAGGCGCAGAAUGUUGUUGAUAAGAAUGCGGGGAAGAAUGGGAACUCGUAUUCUUCGCCAUACGACUCCUAUCAAACUCGCAACAGCUUCGGAGGAGGGGGCAACCGCGGCGGCAUGGGCGGAUUCGGAGGCCGUGGCGGCGGCGGCGGCGGAGGACGCGGCCGUGGUGGAGGCCGAGGCAAUUUCGACCCCUUAAUCGGGCAAACCGUCACGAUCGCAACAGGCACCUUCAAAGGCUACCUCGGCAUCGUCAAAGAAGUCAUCGACAACCAAGCCCGCGUGGAACUUCACACCGCAUCCCGUGUCGUCACGGUGGACAAGACCAAAGUCCUCCGACCGGGCGAGACGCGUCUCCCCGGUGCAGCCGGUGGGCGAUCCGACAACCCCUGGGGCCCACCGUCGUCCUCCAUCUCGUCAUACGGAGACAAGUGGACCUCAUCAGCUAGCAAAACCCCGAUGCACGGAAGCAAAACGCCCAUGCACGGCAGCAGGACGCCCUUCCAUGGGAUCGGCGGGCGUACACCAGCCCAUGGCGACGGCGGGCGCACGCCUGGGUGGGACUCGGGGCGGGCGAGUGGGAGUGGAUCGAAUACGGUGGAUUUGGGAAGCAGGUCCACUGCGGCGUGGGAUGCGGGGAGUAAGACGCCGGGACAUGGGAUGUCGGCGUGGGAUGCGGGGAGUAGGACGCCGGGACAUCGAGCUUAUGGGUUGGAUUUGGAUGAGCCGGACAACGACGGAUAUGGGAACUCUUACGACAGGCGACCCUAUGGUGAUGAUAGUAAGUUGUUGCGAUCAAGUUGUUCGACCGAUUUGUGUGCGGACGGAUGAAAACUAACCUUCCUCAU